AUGUCCAAAAUAUCUUCAGAAGAACUCGCAAAACACACGUCUGAAAAGGACUGUUGGUUGGCCAUUCAUGGAAAGGUCUACGACAUGACAACUUUCUUGGAAGAGCAUCCUGGUGGCUCCAAAAUUCUUUUGAAAUAUGCCGGGAAGGAUGCCACCAAACCCUUCGAUCAAAUACACUCCACUUCUAUCAUAGACUUCUUUGAAGAUGACGACAACACAAUGGGAACUUUCGAUGCUCCUCCUCCAUCAACCAAAUCCGCUUCUCAAGAUGACGAAGACGAUGAAGACAACGAAGGAGACGGAGACGAAGAAGGAGAUGAUGAGGAUGAAGAAGAUGAUGAUGAGGAUGCAGAUGGAAAAGAAAAGUCCUCUGAUUCCUCCAAUACCGACAAAAAUGUCGUUAUCAUGAGAAACAACGAACUCAAACCAACUCUAGACCAAAUCUUCAGCUUGAAUGACUUUGAAUAUGUCGCCAGAUAUUCAAUGCCUGUUCCUGCCUGGGCCUAUUACUCUUCAGGUGGUGACGACGAGAUAACCUACCGUGAAAACCAUCUUGCUUACCAGAGAAUCUUCUUCAAACCAAGAAUCCUCAUAAACGUUCUCGACAUCAACUUGUCAACCACUUUACUAGGCUCCAAGACCUCUGCACCAUUCUACAUUUCUGCCACUGCCUUAGCUAAGUUAGGCCACCCAGAUGGUGAGAAAUGCCUAACAAGAGCCUGCGGCAAAGAAAACAUCAUCCAAAUGGUCUCAACAAUGUCCUCCUACUCCUUCGAAGAUAUCAUGAACACUUCCCUCCCCGACCAAGACCUAUGGUUCCAACUAUACGUCAACUCAAAUCGUAAAAUCUGCGAAAAAAUCAUUAAAAAAGUCGAAAAACUAGGCUACAAAUCAAUCUUCGUCACUGUUGAUAACGCCCAUCCCGGUAACAGAGAAAAGGACAAAAGAAACAAAUCAUUUGUCAUCUCAAACUUAUCCCUUCAAUCAACCUCUCAGUCCUCAAACACAAUGAUCGACCCCAGAUUAUGCUGGGACGACAUCAAAUGGAUCCAGUCAAUCACAAAGUUGCCAAUCGUAAUCAAGGGUGUCGGUACCGUUGAAGACGCCGUAAAGGCGAUCGACUACAACGUUCAGGGCAUUGUUCUCUCAAACCAUGGUGGCAGAGAAUUGGAAUUUGCUCGUCCUCCAAUUGAAGUCCUAGCUGAACUAAACCCCAUAUUGAAACAGAAAAACCUAAAGGGCAAAUUCGACGUCUAUAUCGAUGGUGGUGUUAGAAGAGGCACUGAUAUAAUAAAAGCUCUAUGUCUCGGUGCUAAAGCUGUGGGUAUUGGUAGAUCCUUCCUAUAUGCCCUAUCAACCUACGGUGAUGAUGGUGUAGAAAAAGCCAUAAAAAUUCUUAAAGAUGAAUUGCUAAUGAAUAUGAGACUAUUGGGUGUCACUAGUUUGGACCAGCUAAAUGAUAGAUAUAUCGACAUUAAGGGGUUGGAAAGUAGAAGCUUUGUGGGUUUCGACAAUUUCAUUGAAAGAAUUUAUGAACCAAUGGCUCUACCAAAAUACAAAUCUAAAUUAUAG